AGAAAUCGACGACCAAAUACAAAUACGCAAACAAUACACAUAUAAAUUUUUAACAGAGCAAUUAACGAAUGUAACUGUGACGACAUAGAUACAAUACUUAAAUUUACAUUUGCCUUUGAGCCUUGUCCUUGUAUGUUAAAAGUGAUUUUUACCAAACGGGACGUACUCUUAGGUGCAGCAGGCCAGCUGAGCAGAAAGUGCUGUAGGAUGGGUAACUGCCUGAAAAUGAGCACAUCCGACGACAUUUCACUUUUGCGUGGUAGUGAAAGUAUGAGUGUAAGUGGACAGGAUGUCAACAGUGAAAUGUUUGCAUCUGAUCCUGGUGGUGGUCCCAUAUUCCAGCAUGAAUCAAUUCAGCAAGUGUUCUAUCCAACGCCAUCUGUUAGCCGUCCAGCCAGCACAGAGGACGAGCAGGUCAACAUUAAGAAAGCCAAACGGAUGGGCCUUAUACAACAUCUGCCCGUUGGCACCUACGAUGGUAGCGCCAAGAAGACGCAGGAGCGCGAGUGCGACAUUUGCAUGGUAGAGUUUUGCGUCGAUGAGGCAGUGCGUUAUCUACCGUGUAUGCACAUUUAUCACCUGCACUGCAUUGACGAUUGGCUGAUGCGCAGCCUCACUUGUCCCCGCUGCUUGGAACCUGUCGACGCGGCCUUGCUAACGAGCUACGAAACCACAUAGCGCUUCAUCCCAAUGGAUCCUUUAUAGCUGUGCAUCGCUUUUUGUUUCUGGCCUCCGUCGUGGAUCGUCGCCCAAUUACUAAUAAAGGGGAUCGGGUUCGGUAUCUUUUAAAUCGGAACAAAUUGGCUGAGAUCAACACAUACCCACACAUAUAUAAAUUAUUCGAGAUAAAUAUCAUCGUUGAGGAGGAGAGCUGUUUUUAAAAUUGCUACUACACACUGUGCAACACACCCGCAACAAGCGUUUGUAAAACGACGAGGGCGUCGGUGUUCCUCACAUAAUGGUCACGUAAAUGUAAAACCGUUGGCUGGUCAUUUUAUUAGUUGUUAAUUUUACAAAAAUUAAAACAAAACCAUUUCAAAAAACACUGAUAUUACAUCGGCGAAACGAAAUUGCAACCAACAGCGGCAGCAUCAAUAUGUGUACAUACCUACAUACAUAUAUAAAAAUCAACAAUGUUGUAACAUCUAUUUAAUGCGUAGGUGUAAAACCAUAACGUAAUUACUAGUGUAAACAUAAACAUAUUGUACAAUAUUAAAUAAUUAUACAUAAAGAUAUAUAAAAACAAACACAA